AUGUCUCAAACGAGCCCACACUCCUCCAAGCGGGCCCCCAAGGCUUCUGCAAAGAGCAGUCACCGUGCAGUCACCCCAGAAAACCUGCGGCGACACCUCAUGUCGCCUAAGGGUCAGCAAAAGAAGGCCCGAUCCAGUGUCGAGCGAAAGCGUCGGGCCUCAUCAUCAUCAGUCUCGAGCGUUUCAUCAGUCUCCUCCCUGGAAGAACUGAGUGACGAGGCUGAUGGAUCAGACGACGACGCAGACGAUGAGGAAGACAGGCCGUUGGCCAAAGCCCUGUCUUACAACCGUCGUCAGAAAACGGGUCGUAAGACGGGGCGUCAGUCUACGGUGAACAAAAAACAACGGAUCUCCGACGACGAAGACUGGGAUGGUGGUUUCAGCAGUAAUAACAGUGAUUCUGAAGAGAGCUCAGAUGAUGUCUAUGCUGCUGUGGAUUACAUCACUGAUGCCGAGGACGAGGAGCAGGACGUUGAAAAGAUGGAAGAGAUGAUGAUUCUGGAGUCGGAGAAUCAUCAGCGCGUCCUCCCCUCGUAUGAAGCGAACGAACAGUGGAAUUCUACCACUGGCUUUGGGGACUCCAUGUUCCUCCCUGCUGCCUCCUUCUUCGACGAAGAGCAUCUAUACAGUGCCAUGGACACUUUUGGCGAAACAGACCUAGCUUCUGAAACUGUUGAAACACCUGUAGCUCGUCGAGUCCACUUCGAAGAGCGCUCGGAUUCUUCGUCCGACAGUGAGUCUCACACAGAUGAUGAGAUAUCCGGUGAUUUCCUCCAGCAGGAUUCGCUGGACCCUCAGCUGCGUCGCAUGAUCGAGAACGACAACCACGACCACCACCGCAGCCAUCGCCGUCAGUCUGAAGAAAUUUUCGCCGAUACUGACUAUGGUCACGGAAAUAUUUACCAUGUUGAAUCCGACGGGACCUCCGAAGGUAGCCUGAGUGGAUAUGAGACCGACGAUGGUGAUACCACUGAUGAAGACCUUCCCCCUCCCGCUACCAUCACCCACCCCCGCUCUCUUCUGCGUCGUGACUCCACCGACUCUCUAGCCGCUGUCGGUGAUGACAAGUCCGACACUGUCCCACGCCGCCGGGGCCCAAUCAUGGGUACCUUCAAGGCCGAUCCGUACAAGCCCGUAGCGAUAGUUGACUGCUCCGGCAAGCAUCUUGUCAUCAUUCCUGCGUAUGCCUCCUCUCGUCAUGAUUGGCUCGAUUCUACCGCCAACAGCAUGGCAGGUACUGCCAACAACAGUCCUCGUCAGACUACCCUCCACCUGGUCGAUGAGAGCGACACCGAUGCUCUCGCAUCCCCCAACCAAAUGGACUUUAGCCCGAUGCUGGCUUCCAGCGCCAACCUGAUGCUGACUGCCCUCGGCAACGAUUUGACACCGGGAGGCCAGGAUGAUGAUGAAGAUGACCCGGAGUCCGCGCUCAAUGUCGACGACUUCAUCGACUUCGGCAAUGGCUCCUCAGACGAGGAAGAAGAUGUGGAUAAGGCCUUCGAUGACGACGCCCUCAUCUCCCCUAUGGCCAAUGGCAACUCCCUGCGCUCAGGCAUGAGCUCACAUACUCCGACCCGCAACGAGUCACAGCAGGCCAGCAACACCGCCGAAAGCUUCCUAAAUCACCUGGACAAGGGCAUUGUCACUGCAUUCCGUCGUAACCAUAACCGUGUCUUCCGACACGCUAAGCACACGGACCAGCGCACUCCUACCCGGAAGCGCAAGGCCAGCGGCUACGCGGGCGGCGAGGCAGUGCGACGCAAGCUCAUGGAUGCUCAGCGUCGCUCCCAGCUCCCCUUUUAA